AUGCCGAAAUGCCAUGCAAAGAGCCCCAUUUGGGUCCAGGUUCAUAUCGCCACCUCUGUCAUGCACAAGUGUCCGAAAGGCGCCCUGGUCCAGCGCUGCAUGACCUCUGCUAGUACCUCUCCGUCACGUGAAGAUUGUCGAAUUCUCCGACGUGAAAGAGAAACAUCAAACACACUACGGCUAAGCGUCGAAACCUCCGUAUUUACGAUGUCUCUUAUUACGUGUCCCUUGGCAGUUACAUUUGGCGAACACACAGGUGCUUCGCGUAAGGUGCGAAACAAGAAUAAAAAUUGUAGCAAAAAUGUAGACCAAAUGAAAUCAACAAGGAAAAAGGAAGGGGUACCAGAUAUCAACGUCAUUGCCAUCACCAGCGCCUGGAAUAAGGUCACAACUGCCAAAAAUCAAUGUCAGUUUCCUGUCAGCCACACUUUUCACUGCGAGCCUUUUAUGCCAUUCAAUCUGUCAGAGAAUUUAUGCAGAUCUCUGCACGUACAAGUGAUCUCCAACCCUCCUAGCGCGCCCGUCAUCACCGGGUACCGCAAGGAAGAGAUCCUCCGCGCCGGCGACCGCCGCACCCUCAGCUGCCGCGCGAGAGGCGGCAACCCGCAGCCUUCGGUAUCGUGGUAUCGCAGCGGAGAACUAGUGGACGAUACCUCCGCCAGGGACGCCACGGGGACAGUGAACACUCUCGACCUGGUCGUGACGUCAGAGGAGGACGGCGCCGCCUACGAGUGCCGCGUCUCCAACGAAGUGAUGGAGGCGCCGCUCACGGCCAACGUCACGCUCACCGUCUACUACUCCCCCUCAUCCGUGAGCCUAACGGGACCGAGCGAGAUUGAAGAAGGAAAGCACAUUACCUUUGCCUGCGAGACGAGCGAGUCGAACCCCCCGUCGUCUCUGCUUUGGACUGUGCAGGGAAAGGUGCUGAACAACGUGAAAGAACGGGUCAGCAGGGUCAGUUCAGGUGGCUGGGUGACCUCAUCUGAACUGACCCAGUAUGUCGUCAAGUCGCACAGAGAGACGGAGGUGUCGGUGGAGUGCAGAGCUGUGAACCCCGCCAUCGAUCGCGUUGUUAAGAAGAAACUGGUCAUUGGGAUCACACAGCCCCCAGGUCCGCCGGUGCUGGAGGGAGACUUGAGCACCGAGGUCAUAGCCGGGUCAACCCUCGACCUCAAGUGCAGUAGCAUGGGAGGUCAUCCUCCUCCGACAGUCAGAAUAUACAAGGAAGACAAGGAGAUCUUCACGAGCAUCUUGAGGAAGGAUAACGUGACUCAGGCCAGAGGAAAGAUCGAGGUCUCGCCCGUAGAUAACGGGUCAAAGGUUACGUGUGUUGUGACGAGCUCGGCCAGCAGGGCGCCUCUGCUAACGUCCGCUACGCUCACUGUGCUCUUCGCCCCUUGGGAAGUGGCGGGCUCGGCCAUUCCAGACAUCGUAGAAGAGGGACAAGUCGUGACGCUUUCCUGCGAAUCCUCCUCCAGUCACCCGCCGGCUAAUAUUACCUGGAAGUCCGGAGAGACAAUCCUGCAGGCAGAGAGUGUUCACUUCACCCAGGGCGCCUUCGGAGGCACGAAUACGAGGUCAGAGAUCCAGGUGAGGCCGACGGCGGAAGACAAUGGGCGAGCCUUCACCUGCGAGGCGGACAACGGGCUCGGAUCCAUUCUCAAGACGGACGUUUCUCUCAAUGUUUUACAUGGUCCUCGUUGGGUGGUCGAACCUGCUCCUCAGCUCGACGUUUAUGAAGGCGCAGACUUAGUCAUCAUAGCAACUGCUGCUUCAAAUCCAGGGCCGCCGAGGUACUGGUGGUGGCGUGGAGAGGAGACCUUACUGGGGAGUGAGAGUAAACUGCGCUUGGGAAGAAUCACGAGGCAGUUUACCGGGAACUACACCGUCACGGCAUACAGCCAGAAGGGCGCUAUCAACUCUACUUUCUUCCUCAAUCACAGCUCAGACCCUCAGCGAAGGCGUGGGCGUCGUGGUGCUGGAGCUGCAGUCGGCAACGCGGGCGGCAACGGGCGUGUAUCUGUGUCAUGCAUCGAACAUCGUAGCUUCGGCGCCGCCCGCACGCACCAGGGUUAUUGUCUCGCGUGA